UAUACGCAAGCCGGGGACCAUAUCGCGCUAAGAGACCUCGUAUGCGGUUUAAAAGGCCUCUACCAUCCGCUGUUCCUUUCGAUUGUCUGUUACAGAUCUUCCAGAAUCUGCUCCCUUGUCAAGAUGAAGUUCUACACAGCCAUUGCAGCCCUCGCGGCCGCCGGAUCCGCCAAGGAGAUUCCUCGUGAUGCCAAACGUCACGCAGAACUCUACGAGAGUGGAGUGAUGCACGAGAAGAUCAUGGCGGCAAAGGCAGCUCAGCUCUCCCACGACGAGGAGAUGGGUCUCAUGGGCAUCAACGAAGCUGCUGUCUUCGGCCCUUCCUAUGCCGAACUUGGCUUUGCUCAGUGCAAGGACGGGUACGCUGUACCUAUCCGUGGCGAUACUGUCAACCGCUUCAAGUGCAACAACAUGAACAUGCACCACUUCCUUUCUCACGAGAGGCUCGGCAGUGCGACUGGUCUGGGUUCCAGUUCUUGGGGCUGGAUCAGUGACGAUGGCAGGGAGUUUGCUAUCAUCGCACAAGGUGAUGGUGCUGCUUUCGCAGAGAUCACCACUGCCGGACAGCUCCGUUACCUCGGACGUCUUCCCCAGACCACUGGCGUUGCCCCCAGCCGCUGGAGGGAGCUCCGAACCAUGGACAACUACCUAGUUGUGGGUAGUGAAGAGCCCGGUCACGGUGUCCAGUUCUUCGACUUGAAGAAGAUCCUCGACAUCGACUACAAGCAAGGACCAAAAACCUUUUCCCCCGACACCGAUCUCACCGAUUUCUGGAACGACUUGCCCCUUGGUCGUGUCCACAAUGUUGUGACCAACCCGGAGACCAAGUUCGCCUACACUGUCGGUGCUCAGCCCCGUAACGAUACCGUCUGCCGAUCCGGUAUCAACAUGCUCGACAUGAGCGACCCCUCCAACGUCGUGAGCCCUGGCUGUGCCCACCAGGACGGCUAUGUACACGAUGCUCAGUGCCUCAUCUACAGGGGUCCCCACCAGAAAUACCUCGGACGCGAGAUUUGCUACGGCUAUAACGAGGAUGCCUUGACAAUCUACGAUCUCAGCGACAAAGCUUUCCCUGAAGUUAUUUCCAUCACUUCCUACGAAGGGGCCUCCUACACCCACCAGGGCUGGGUCCUCAACUCCGAUUACCAGGAGUACCUCAUCAUGGACGACGAGCUCGACGAGCAAGAGAAGCGUGGCCCUGCGUCCAAUGGGAGGCCCACUACAUUUGUAUGGGAUAUCCGGAAUCUGGAGCGUCCUAAACAGACUGGAUACUACCAAGGACCACGUACUGUUAUCGACCACAACCAAUAUGUGUACGGAAAAUACGCCUACCAGAGCAACUAUGGUGCCGGCAUUAGCGUACUCGACAUUUCGAGCAUUCCCAGUGACCCUACCGGUCGCGGCGUCAAGGAAGUUGCGGCCUUUGACAUUUACCCUGAUGAUGAUGCUCUCGAGGGCGGAGGUACCGUUUCCUUCGUCGGCUCCUGGUCUUCUUGGGCCGGAUUCCCCUCCGGUUUCAUCCUUAUCAACACUAUUGAGAAGGGUGCUUGGGUUGUCAAGGUCCAAAAAGAACUUGCAUAG